CUAAGCUCCUCUUUUUCAGGAGGCUCUCAGUCUUUCUGUUUGUUUGUUAUUGUUAAUGCAGCUCCUGUUCUUAUUCCCAACUCACUAUGCCUUCCCCUGUCCCUCUUAAUCGUCUCCUGCCCCUGGAGUUUUCCCCCUCUGUGGACCUGCGGCCCUGCAGUAGCCCCUUGGUACUCCCUGGAAAAGGUGGAAAACUCUUCUUGGGGGGAACUCCUUCACCAAGGGCUCGUCGGCUGCCUCCACGCCUGGCCUGGUGCUCUAUAGACUGGGAUCAAUUGUGCUUCCUACAGCCCCUGGGCUCUGGGGGCUUUGGGUCUGUCUACAAGGCCACCUACCGUGGGGAGACAGUGGCUGUGAAACAGGUGAAGAAGUGCAGCAAGAAUCGGCUGGCAUCACGGCAAAGUUUCUGGGCUGAGCUGAAUGUGGCCCGCCUACACCAUGACAAUGUGGUACGUGUUGUAGCUGCCAGCACAUGUGCCCCUGCCAGCCAAGACAGCCUGGGCACCAUCAUAAUGGAAUACGCGGGCCGCACUACGCUGCACCAUGUCAUCUAUGGCACUGGCUGCCUGCAGGGAAAGGGAGAAGAUGAUGGGGGUGGAUGUGGCAGAGAACCCCUAAGCAUAGCUGAGUCCCUGGGUUAUUGCUCUGACAUUGUGACUGGCUUAGCCUUCCUCCACUCACAGUGCAUUGUGCAUCUGGACCUGAAGCCUGCUAAUGUGUUCAUCACCGAGCAGGGGGUGUGUAAGAUUGGAGACUUUGGGUGCUCCCAAAAGCUGGAGGAUAGUGUGUCUCCAGGUCCCCAGCUUUACCAGCAGGGGGGCACAUAUACCCACCGUGCCCCUGAGCUCCUGAAAGGGGAGCAGGUCACCCCCAAAGCAGACAUCUACUCUUUUGCUAUCACCUUAUGGCAAAUGGUUACCCGAGAGCAGCCUUAUUUGGGUGAGCGCCAGUACGUGCUCUAUGCCGUGGUGGCCUAUAACUUACGUCCAUCUCUGGCUGCUGCAGUCUUCUCUGAGUCAGCCUCGGGCCAAAGACUUGAGACUGUCAUUUGCAGCUGCUGGAGAUCUGAUACAGAGGAGCGUCCCAACGCAGAACUGCUUCUUCAAAGCCUCCACUCCCUGCAGGAUAGACUGUAGCAAUGUAGCAGGUUCUGCAGUGUCUUUCUUUUUUUCCCUUUUAUUGCUGACUCUUUUCCUUCUCCUUCUUUUUUUGUGUGUUGCUGCAUUAGUGUGUUGUGGAUCUGACCCUUGUUUCUCCCAAAGGGUUUAAAAAAAAAAACUACCUGUUGUGAGAUUUCUAUAAAUAAAGUGAUUAAACCCA